AGACAAUGCAGAGGAAGCUAUGGUGAAUAAGACGAUCGCCGAAUUGGGUAAUUUUACACAGCUGUUGGAAACGGGAGGGAGUUCGUUGGGAUGCCUUACCGAUACAUCUCCAAGUGUAGCAUUUUUAAAAUCACAAAUACAAUACCAUUCUCCCUCCGAAAAUAUAAGCUUAGCUACCAACGAUGUUGUAUCCCCACCACAAUUACAACAACAUCAGUAUAUUCAAGAAAGGCGCAAUAUGCUGUUAGGUGGUCCAAGUACUAGUAGCGCAGCUCAAGCCAUUCUACAAAAACAGCAAGCGCAACAGCAGACUAUUCAUCUUCAAAAUCCCCAGCGCCACCUUGUACAAGAACAGCCACUAUUUAAGCCUCCUAAUACUGUGUGCCCUAUGGAUGGCAAAGGACCAGUUCCACCACUGACUUCAACCUUAAAUAGUGGGUCAAAUGGUCGCGAUUAUCCAUUCGUGAGUAUGAGACAAGCUCGUGUGCUGCAGGGCCGUGGAAAUGCAAUGAACAACUGCUUAGUAAGUAACAGCCCAACAUUUCCUUCAAGCAGCUCACUCACUUUACAGACGCCGCAGAAUGGGCAGAUGGAGAUUGGAAGUGGGGUGGGAUUGAAAAAUAAUAAAAGUUCUCCAACCACGGAGAUUUUGUCAACAUCACCAAUUACAUCCGGUAAUAAAUCACAGUUUUUGCAACCUCCUCCACCCCCAUAUCCAGGUAUGGGGAGCACAAUUUCAAACGUCAUGAGCGAACCAGCCGCUCAAAUGAACAAAUCAGUGCAGAAUUACUUACACAAAGCAGUUGCAAGACAGCAAGUUGUAGCUCAUCCGGUAGCUUCUUCGACAAUUUCCAACAAUAUAGCUAUUUCAUCACCACUACUUGUUAAUUUAUUACAAAAUGAUGGGAGCACUAUUACAAAUCAAGCUAAAUUAUCGCCACAAACACCUUUGAUGCAACAUCAAAAUCCGUCGUCAUUAUCAUCGGUGAGUUCUGGUCCCCAGCAAUCUCAAAACCAAAAUCAGCAAUUAGGGAGCACAUCUGUGCGUUCACAGUCAUUAGCUACUGGCGUUAUAACAGAGCAAAAAAAACGCCAACAACAUUCAAAACUGAUACAUUCUGUUUCCGACAAUCCAUUUACUGCGGGUAUAUCUUCACACAUCACAUUGUCUUUAUCCCCCAGUGCGGAUUCGAGUAUGCGGAGUGUACAGCAGCAACAAACUCAACAAAUAAUGACGAUUCCUGGAAGUAAUUUAUUCAGCCAACCACAUCAAUCAAACUUUCAACCACAGCAUAUACUAUCGCAGCAAGGUAGUUUUAUGCGACAACAACGCCAGCAACAGUUGCAGGCAGCUGCUGUUUCGAUAGGAGGUGUACCAUCUCAUCGUUUUAUACCACAUCAGCAGCAGGCACCGUCGUUCCAACAGUCUCAGCAACAUCAUCAAGUGACCCAGCCAUCCGGUGUUGGUGGAGUCAUGUUGACAAAUUUACAACAACAGCAGCAAACACUUAUUCGACAAGUUCGUCCUGGUGAUGGAAUUUCAGGACAGUUGGUGGUGCAAAAACAACCACAAACACAUCAGUUUCUUUCGUCAGGUGGCAUGUCGCCUACUGAAUCGCAUUCACCUGUUUCUAGCCACCAUUCCAUGCAUAGUCCAUUAAUGGGUCCACACUCUCAACAACUAGUGUCUCCUUCAACAACGCCAGUUCAAUCCCCUCACUCCCACCCACCCCAAGCACAUAAAAUCCCAGUUCAGCCUCAACACCAAAUGCAAUUACAACAACAACAAUUACAAAAACAACUGUCAACGAUUAUUGGACCACCAACAGCAUCAUCCCACAAUGAUAACAUUCUUCAUAAUACACAAGCAUUUUUGGAGCCAAGUUUGUGCCCGACAGGAUCUAGUACUGGUAGUAGGGGUAUAAUAACAAAUAUAUUGCCUCCACCUCCUGAUUAUAGUCAGACAACUAUUGCAACAUGCACGUCACGUUGGCCUGCAUUGAACAAAGCAAUGGAUUCAGUUACGAAAAGCAGUUUUCAGGAAUUUACUCGUUACCAAAUGCAGUACAAUCUGCAGCAGCAACAGAUCAAUAAUAAUCAAUUUCAAUCACAGGUUCUUAAACAAGAUCCGCAGAAGCAGCAAAUAAUCGACCAAGUAACCAGCUCUGAAGAUGAUACACUUGUGGAAAUAGUGGGAGUGCCUCCUUUAGAUAAUGUUACAGCAUCAAAUGGAUUAUCAGAUCCUCUGAUAACGCUGACAGAUUUUGAAGCUUUGACACCAAAUGAUCUUGAUGCUUUGUUACCGACAUUGAACUGCGAUUUAGAUCCUUCUUUUAGUUUGGACGAUAAAAAUGAACUGGAAUCACUUUUGCAAGAUGCCAAGGAUCUAGACUUGGAUCUAAUUGAAGAAAAUUUAUCUGCCGUGGGUGUAGAUCUUGACGAGACAGCUGCCGCAGCAUCUUCACUCCUAGAUGCAGAAGCAACACGAAUAUCUCCAAAUGUCACACUUACCUCAAUGCAGUUUGCACAGCAAAAUGUGCAAAUACCGCAAAACAUGGAGCAGCAAGCAACAUUCAUAGGAAGCAAGAGCUGUAUGUCAAUUCAAAACAGUCCAUCGCAACUGCCACAAAAUAAUAUUCCACAAAAUGGAACUAAGCCGAAAGAGAAUUUAGAUGUGCAAAGUAACCAAUCUAAUCAGAAAUUGCAAGUAAAACAAAAACAAUUCCCUCAUUCAAUACUACCUUUGCAGCAAGCUAACCUGCAACAACGGGAAGCUUUGAUUCCACAGCAAGAAGAUUGCGUCGUAGAUGCAAAUCAUCUUCGUUCAAAUAGCGCUGCUUCAGUUUCUUCAACUAACCAGAAGCAAUUUCUUAUAAAUCCUCUAACUGGUGAAAUGGAGCAAAUGCAAAGCGAUGAUAGUGAAACUGAAGCAGAACAAGAGACACUACAAUUGAGUUCCACAACGACAAAACCACAUAUUGAGUCGUCUUUAUCAGACGACGUAAAUGUUAAUAACCCAAACGAAAACUUUUCUAACUCGCUUUUCUUAGCAGAUGACUCAAAUUCUUGUGGAACCACCGUGUCAAAAGUUUUGGCGAAUGAUCAAAACAAUGGAACCAUUAUCGGAACGGGAAGUGAUAAUGAACGCUCCCCGGAUUCGUCACUUUCAACCAAAUCGAAUCGCAUUGCCAAACCUGUAAAACGAGAUGGUAGCCGGUUGUCUAACAAAUCUUUUACUUCGGUUAAUAGCACUGGUGAAUACGGUACAAGUAAAUCACCUCGUCCAAAUGUAAUUGCAAUAACGACACCGGCGACUUCGAUAACAGGUGCAGUUGGGACGACUGGCGGCGUUUCACAGAGAAAAUCAAAAUCAAAUUUACUACGUGAAAAACAGCAAAACGGCGUGGGAGAUGGGAAACAAGAUGUAAAUAUGAGCUCUGGUGCUACGAAGCAAAAAAAAACAAAAGGAAAUGCCAGAGCAAAGGUUGCUGCUUUG